AUGCAAGCCACGACACCUAACCAAGUACCCGGCACACCAGCCCGCUCGUGCGGCCAUGAAUUUACCUGGACAGACCAGCACCCUCGCAUCCAAGAUAUCCGCAGGCUCCUCUACACGUACGACACUCUUGGAUCCGAGGCAAUGGCCAAGAUAGACGCCAUCUCUCCUCUCCCAUCUCAUUCAGGACCGCCGGACCCAUCGUCAGCACACAAUAGCAGCAGCAGCAGCAGUAAAUGCCCUUUUUCCACACGAGAUCCCUACGCUAUCCUCGAAAAAGGUGCCCAUAGUGACCCCGUCCUGCAUCGUCUGUGGAACGAGGUCAACACUCCUCCUGACUGGGUAGACUGGGAUCAGAUAUCCCGUGGACAGAGGGUUGUGUACCGUUAUCACGGACAGAUGAUGUUGGGACUCCUCUUCAACUCCCUCCUAGGUGGCAUGGGCGGCUGGCGCGUGUGCGAGACCCUCGACAAGACCGGCGGUUUCGGCCCACAGGUGACUCGUCGACGCCUCCUCGAGACGGCCCAGCACUUCCUAGAGGUAGUCCGGGACGUUGACUCUGUCAAGCCAGGCGGUGCCGGUUUCGUCUCGUCGGUGCGUGUACGUCUGCUCCACGCCACCGUCCGUCGACGUAUCCUUCAACUUCAGGGCGAGAGCAGCGAGAGCAGCGGCAGCAGCAGCAGUCGGGACGGCAAGGGACUGUACUAUGACGUUGAAGCCUGUGGCGUCCCCAUCAACCACCUGCACCAGAUGGCCACCAUAGACGCCUACUCCACCUCCCUCGUCUUCCUGUCCCUCCCGCGCCAGGGCGUGCGCCUGUCCCCGCGGGAGGCGGCCGACUUCCUCGCCCUGUGGCGCUGGGUGGGAUACGUCAUGGGCACGCCGGUGGACUGCAUGGCCACCACGCUCGGGGCCAAGAUGUCGUUCGAGUCCAUCCUCGUGUCCGAGGUCCGGCCCUCGGACAAGUCGCGCGUCUUGGCCAACAAUAUCCUCACCUCGCAGGCCAACGCGCCCCCGCUCUUCGCCUCCCGGGGUUUUCUCGCCGCCGUGACCUACCGUCUCAUCGGCGAGGACAUGGCCGUCGACCUGGCCAUCGACGCCCCCUCCGCGGCUGAGCGUGUGCUUGCCUGGGCGCAGUCUCGUCUUUCCUGGAUCGACAGUGCGGUAUAUCCUUGGCUUCCCGAUGUUCUUCGUGAGAGGCGGGAUAGGAGAUUCAUCCAAAACUCAUACCACUUCAUCAUGGACAAGGCCUCGGGAGGUAUGGGCCGACCGACAAAGUUCCCCUUCAAGUACAGACCUGCCCACGGAAAAUCGACCGGCAUGGCGUCCUACACCGUUCCUGGAUCCGUCAUCCUCCGGUCCAUGGACCCGGCCCGCUUCGUCCUGGGCGUGUCCAUCUGUCUCGUCGUGCUCGUCGGCCUGCUGGGCUGGUCGGUGCAGGCCGUCUUGCCGUGGGAGGAGGUUGUGGUGCAUCAUCGUGUCCCGAGGUUUGCCGUCCCAUCUGAGCAGGUUUUUUAUUAG